AUUUAUACCAUUUAGUUUCAUGCUGCUCUAAUUAUAUCUUACUAUAUUAUAUGUUGUGCACAUACAUAGAGGCACACAAAUAUAGUGUGUGCAGCAGCUAAGCACUGGGUGCCUGUAAGCUUCGGAGAUCAAUCUCUGCCAAAGGAUGCUUUUAAAUAUUCAGUGAAAAAUAAUGACUUGUUCAGUAUCACCUAUUGAAACAUUAUUAUGUCCAUCCUUCAAACUCAGCCCCCAACAGAGUUAAACGUUCUGUCAGAAAGAUGGUCCCCCCAGUACUGGUAGAUAGCUGUAUUUGUGAUAAAACGACAAAUACCAAAUGAAAAUAAUACAUGUUGAAAAACAAGAACCUUGCCCAUUCUAAACCCACAUUAUUAGCUGGGAUAUACCACACAUACAUAAAUGUGAUGUUUACAUGGAAGACAAACAGUUAAAUGCAAUCUAGUACUAGAUAUAUUUUAUUGGCAGAACAAGUAAAAUAUUGCAAAAGACACCGCACAGUUGUAUUGCGGUUGUUUUUCAUCAGUCAACUCAAUGAGCAACAGCCUUCCUGCCGAGCUGAGGUACUAGGGGGUCAGUAGUGGCCACAAAGGGAUCUACUCAGAAUAAUAGGAUUCCUGUGGUACAGUAUUUAGGGAUUUUGGCCAAGAAAAAGAGAAAGUUGGUACAGAAGCAGCCUCCUAGUUCAUCUGAUUUGUGCUUUUUUUUGGUUGGUUGUUUUUUUGAAAAGAGACGGCUUAGUUUCCACCAGAACCUGCCACCCCAGCGCUCCCUCUAUGCUGUUACUUGAAGAACUGAGCCUGCCGCUUUCUUUCCUCAUGCUACCUGGCCCCGCCCUCUCAUCUAUUCUUAACAUAGUAGCCUUUCCCUAAAAGACAGGCACAGUAACCAAUCAAAGGCAAGUGGGCAGGUCUGCUACUUGCAACAACUUUCAUGCUGGAAAAACUCCAGAGUUUCAAAGACUUCUUGUGACAAGAAAUGAGGUUAUCAGGCAAGAAGAGGGAAAGUGACCGGGGCGGGAGAUUAUAACCUGGAGACCAUUACACCCUGGGACAUAGGGGGUUUUUGGAUACAUAAAGCUGAUGUGUGAGCCAGCAUGUCUCGGAGGAAGCAGGCGAAACCCCAGCAUUUCCAAUCGGACCCCGGCCUGGCCUUGCCUGGAAGUCAUGGUACACUGGAUUUGCUACAGCUAAGGAUCAGCAGAGAAUCUGAAGAAAUGAAAUCUGAACCAGAAGAAAUAAAACUAAAGUUUAAUCAUGAAAGAAACACAGAGAGGGGUCAAAUCCAUCGGACGCCCAAGAACAAGGAGGCGCAUGUCUGUAGCAGAUGUUGUGCAGAGUUCUUUGAACUAUCAGAUUUGUUGCAGCACAAGAAGAACUGCACUAAAAAUCAAUUGGUUCUAAUUGUGAAUGAAAAUCCACCACCUCCCGCUGAAGCCAGCUCUCCUAUUCCCCCCUCGGAUAAUCCUGAUGAGCACAUGAAUGACACAGUUAAUAACUCAGAUCAAGCAGACUGCAGUGACCUUUCAGAGCAUGGUGAGCACGGCAAGCCUGACAAAGAAGAAUCCAUGGAGGUGGAGUUUUCGGAAACUAACAAUAGCAGCAGUGGUUCUAACAAAGUGGACAAUGGUGAUUCAAGCAGUAAUAAUCCCACAUUGGGUACCUCAGCUAUCACAACUUCGCUACCUCAAGUAAGGGAUCUGACAGCCUUGGGCAACUUCUCUAUGAUCAACAGCAAUGUCAUCAUUGAGAACCUUCAGAGCACUAGAGUGGCAGUGGCACAAUUCUCCCAAGAAGCCAAAACUAAGGGGGCAGCAAACAAUAAGCUGGCAGUGCCUGCACUCAUGGAACAGCUCUUGGCUUUACAGCAACAACAGAUUCACCAGUUGCAUCUGAUUGAACAAAUCCGUCACCAAAUAUUACUGUUGGCAUCACAGAGUGCAGACAUGCCCACUUCAGCUAGUGGCCCUCAAGGGGCUUUAAGAGUAUCUGCCACUCCACUGACUACUCUGAGUUCCCAUUUGUCCCAGCAGCUGGCUGCAGCAGCUGGCUUAGCACAAAGUCUUGCUAGCCAAUCCGCGAGCAUCAGUGGUAUGAAGCAACUACCACCCAUACAGCUACCUCAGAGCAAUCCUGUUAACACAGUUCCAUCCAUCAGUAGUUCCUCUCCAAAUAUGAAUGCAUUGGCAUCCACAGUUACUUCACCCUCCUCAGACAAAGUACCUUCAAGCACCGGUGGCUCACAGGUCAGUAACCCACCAGCACCUGUAACGUCAUCACCAGCUUUUGCAAUAAGUAGUUUAUUAAGUCCUGCAUCCAAUCCACUACUACCUCAGCCUGCCCCUAACACCACACCUUUCCCUGGCACAUUGCCCAGCAUAGGAACAACAGCAGAGGAUUUAAACUCACUGAGGAAAAGUAAGCCACCCAGCGUGACUGCUUUUGAAACUAAGAGUACAUCUGAUGAGGCAUUCUUUAAACACAAGUGUAGAUUCUGUGCUAAGGUUUUUGGCAGUGACAGUGCCUUGCAGAUCCAUCUACGUUCUCACACCGGCGAGAGACCAUUUAAAUGCAACAUUUGUGGAAACAGGUUUUCCACCAAAGGGAAUCUUAAAGUUCAUUUUCAGCGUCACAAAGAGAAAUAUCCCCAUAUUCAGAUGAAUCCAUAUCCAGUGCCGGAACAUUUAGACAAUAUUCCUACAAGCACCGGUAUUCCAUAUGGGAUGUCUAUCCCACCAGAAAAACCUGUAACAAACUGGCUGGACACUAAACCAGUUUUACCUACCUUAACAACAUCAGUGGGUAUGCCUCUCCCACCAACAAUUCCCACCUUGACUUCAUUUAUAAAAACUGAAGAGCCACAACCUAUAGCUAUUAGUCAUCCCACUGCCAGCCCACCUGAUUCAGUAAAAAGUGAGACCGCUACAGAGCCACUUUUAAAAAAAACUAGUGAUCUUCCAGAUGAGGCUGAGGCUGCGAUGCCCAUUCUAGACAAGGAGGAACAGCAGUCUCAAAAUUCAGAUUGCAUCCAAAAUCUUAAUACUUCUGCCUGCUCUCCCACAACUGGCUCUGGCAUCUCGGCCUCAUUUCCAAAUCCACUUUUGCCUCUAAUGUCAGAGCAAUUUAAAGCAAAAUUUCCAUUUGGAGGACUUUUGGACGUGGCACCUGCAUCAGAGACUUCAAAACUUCAACAGCUUGUAGAGAAUAUUGACAAAAAGUCAAGUGACCCAAAUGAGUGUGUUAUUUGUCGCAGAGUCCUGAGUUGCCAGAGUGCUCUAAAAAUGCAUUAUAGGACACAUACUGGAGAACGACCAUUUAAAUGCAAAAUUUGUGGUCGUGCUUUUACAACUAAAGGUAACUUAAAGACUCAUUACAGUGUCCAUCGUGCCAUGCCACCUCUUAGAGUUCAGCAUUCAUGCCCAAUUUGUCAAAAGAAAUUUACAAAUGCUGUUGUACUUCAACAGCAUAUUAGGAUGCAUAUGGGAGGGCAGAUUCCUAAUACUCCUAUUGCUGAAAGCUAUCCUGACUCCAUGGAAUCAGAUACUGGGUCCUUUGAUGAGAAAACUAUUGAUGAUCUAGACAAUUUCUCAGAUGAAAACAUGGAAGAUUGUCCAGACAGCAGUGUCCCAGACACCCCUAAAUCUGUUGAUGCAUCUCAAGACAGCCUUUCUUCUUCCCCACUGCCGCCUGAAGUUUCAAGUAUCACUGCUUUAGAGAAUCAAAUGAAAUUAAUUAAUGCUGGACUUGCUGAACAGCUCCAAGCCAGUCUAAAGUCAACUGAAAAUGGGUCUAUUGAGGGUGAUGGUAUGACCAAUGACUCCUCAUCUCUUGGUGGUGACAUGGAAAGCCAAAGUGCUGGAAGCCCUGCUGCCUCUGAAUCGACUUACUCCAUGCAUGCUUUGUCUCCUUCCAAUAGCACAAAUGACUAUCUGAAAUCACCCAACACAGAUGAGAAGAUUCAUCGAGCUCUGUCUCUUGACCCAACCAGUGGACUGUCCCCUACACCUGCUAAUGGAGGGGCUUUGGACUUGACAUCUAGCAACACAGAUAAAGUGAUCAAAGAUGAACAUUUAGGUGUGCUAUUUCCUUUCCGAGAACGGGGUAAAUAUAAAAACACUAUAUGUGAUAUUUGUGGCAAAACCUUUGCAUGUCAGAGUGCCUUGGACAUUCAUUAUAGAAGCCAUACCAAAGAGAGACCAUUUAUUUGCACAGUCUGCAAUCGUGGCUUUUCAACAAAGGGCAAUUUGAAACAGCAUAUGCUCACUCACCAGAUGAGGGAUCUACCAUCACAACUCUUUGAACCCAGUUCCAGUAUGACCCCAACCCCAACAGUUCCCUCAACACCUACUAACCCACUGGCAACUAUAAUAAAGACUGAAUUUAAUGGUUUCAUGCAUGGCUCUUCUCAGGACAUUAAAGAACAGCCUACAAAUAUAGUUUCAUCAGGAUCUCUGCCAUCUUCUGCUACAUCGCCAGUUCUGCUUCCUGCUUUGGCCAGAAGGACUCCUAAGCAGCAUUACUGCAAUGCAUGUGGGAAAUCAUUCUCUUCUUCCAGUGCUUUACAAAUCCAUGAGCGGACUCACACUGGUGAAAAACCAUUUGCCUGCACUAUAUGUGGAAGAGCAUUUACUACAAAAGGCAACCUUAAGGUUCAUAUGGGAACUCACAUGUGGAACAGCACACCUGCAAGAAGAGGAAGAAGGCUUUCAGUUGAUGGACCUAUGGCUUUUCUUGGAGGAAACCCUGUUAAGUUCCCUGAAAUGUUCCAGAAGGAUUUAGGUACAAGGGCUGGCAAUGCGGAUCCUUCAAGUUUUUGGAAUCAGUAUGCAGCAGCGCUGUCCAAUGGAUUGGCAAUGAAGACCAAUGAGAUUUCGGUCAUUCAGAAUGGUGGCAUUACUCCAAUGGCUGGAAGCUUGGGAAACGGUGGGAGCUCCCCCAUCAGUGGCCUGACUGGAAGCCUAGAAAAGCUCCAGAACUCUGAACCAAAUGCACCUCUAGCUGGUCUGGAGAAAUUAGCAAGCAGUGAAAAUGGCACAUCCUUCAGAUUUAUGCGCUUUGUGGAAGACAGCAAAGAAAUUGCCACAAAUUAGCAUAGCGAUGCUCGAGAACAUUUGAUGCAACUGGAGGUUGCAUUUUUUUUCUGUGAACUGCACCAUUAAAGCAUUUUUGUACCAUGGUCAUCUUCUAGAGUUUUAAGUGAGUGUAUUUAUUAGUGAAAUAACUUAGCUCUGCAUACAAAUGCAAGUGCUAACUUUGGUCUCUGUAUUUUGGAACUAAAUACUAAUAGACUAGAGUUGUGUAUACAAGCUGUAACAUUUAUGGCAAUGGCAAGUCUUGAUAGUUGAUUUUUGGCAUUAACUUAUUUUAUAUAUUCUAGUUUUAACAUGGUCUCUUAUGUUAAUGCAUAAAGAAACAUGGGAAAUGGACUCUUUAUCUGUAUAUGAAUGCACAUUUAAAGGGAAGACAAUUUCUUCACUUGCAAACACCGUUGGAGGGGUGGGGUUUUAUCAGGACUUUGGAGUGAUCUAUUUUGUUUUUGUUUGUUUCCAACAUCCCUUUAUUUAGUAGGUGUCUUGUGCUUUUUACUUGUCUCCACUGUUUAUAAUUGUGUGUACAGUGACAAGCACAUAGAUUAUUUGGGAAAAGAUAUAUAUUUUGUUGCAGUUCACACCUUGCAUUUUUCUUUGCCCUGUAGAUAUAUUUGGUUUAGAAAAUGUGCUGGAAUUUCACAAUUGCUGCUAAAUCUAGCAUCUUGAACAACCUUCUGUGGAAAAAGAAAAAUGUAGAUGCUUGUACAUAUAUAAAUAUAUAUAAAUAUAAAGUGAGGAAAUAUUUGCUUUCAUGGGAAAAUGUAAAUAGAUUCCUUAAUGCUUUUUGCUAGCAAAAGGACAGGUGGCAUGUCACCUUGCUCUGCGUUGGGGAAUGCCUUUUGCAGUAAAGGAGUUAAACGGAAAUCAAGCUCUCUAUUCUUGAAUAGAAGAAAAAGUGAGGUGUGUUUCAUUUUGUAUUCGUGGGAAAUGGACAGUUAUGCGCUUUCUUAUGAAAGUUGGGAGUCCACUUCCAUUAAUGUUUUACUGACAAAUAGCAGAAAAUACUGUAAUUUUAAUCCAAGUAAUCAAAUACAACAUUUUUCCAACAA